AAAACACUUGUGUGCUUGGUAUGCAGCCGACGGUCUUCUGUUCUAGGCUUCCCUCUCUGGUCAUUUGGUUUUUGCCAUGGGUAUCCCCCAAGUCAGUUUUUUUAUAUUUUACGGCACUUAUUACUUUUUCUUUCCAGAAAAUCCGGUUUCCUGUACCAAGGUGCUGUUGUGAGUAAAUUCUAGCAGUUACGGAGGGGGUUCCUUCCAGAAAUCAAACUUUGAUUGUAAUGAAAUGCACUUUUCUGGUGGGCCUCCAGUAGCUCCCUGCCCAGUUCCCUAUUUUUCUGCGGGGUUGGGAGUUCAGCAUGAGCAGCUACAGAGUGAGAGGGCAGGCUGACUGCGACUUCAGAUUACCAUGGCUGCCAUCUAGUGGUGGUCAGGUGCAUAAAGGAAUGUCUAGCAGCUGCCAGGGUAGCCUGUCAGUGUAGGUUCGACCGUCGGCAUAUUCUGUGUUAGAUGGCACUACUGUACCAUCGGCCUUCCACACUUACUGUACCAUCUACCGACACAACAUCUGUCACCCCCAUGUACAAUGACCAUUAUGUAGUAACUGUCCACCACUUGCAGCCUUCCUCAUCGUACCAUCCACAUCAGAGAGUGUGAGCACAACUCAUGACAUGCUUCAUGGAGUGACAAAUGAUGGAGUCUGCUCCUCCCCUUAAUCUGUCCACCACUGUUAAAGUGGAGGACCUGAAGGCAAUGGUUCCAGAUGAAAAUGCUCAUGAAUACACUGUUGAAGGUGAGCUGGUCGAUGAGGCUAGUGAUGCUGUCGGUGAGGAUGGCAAUACACUUGCUAUGGAUGAGGAGGAAGGCCAUGAAGAUACAAAAGAAAAUCUCAUGACUGAAGCCAAACUGUUGGCAUCAAGUCCUCUAGAUUCAAAAGAAAAAGAAUACAAGUGUUCCGAGUGCCCCUCAGCAUUUGCCAGAGCUAGUCAGCUGCGAGCACAUGAAAGGACACAUUAUGAAGAACAAGCGUAUGAAUGUGACCAGUGUGACGGAGUGUUUGUCCGGAUUGGGCUACUCAUGAGCCACCGCAGGGAGCACCACCGCCAGAGUUUCUCCUGUAAUGAAUGUGAUGCAAAGUUUUCCCAUUAUAAUAGUUAUAAGCUUCACUUUCGACGACACAAAGGUGAAAAGCCUCAUAAGUGCUCAGACUGUAACAUGGCCUUUGUGCAGCAGUGUCAUCUCAAUAUUCACCGUCGAAUACACACAGGAGAAAAGCCUUUCAAGUGUGAAGUAUGCCAUCAAAGAUUUAAGCAAGUGUCUCAUUUAACAACACAUGUAAGAAUCCAUACCAAUGACAAGCCAUUUAUUUGUUCCCUUUGUAAAGCAUCUUUUUCUCAAACCAGUAGUUUAAAAAGACAUAAAAGAAGACAUACUGGAGAGAAGCCUUUCAAAUGUGAUAAAUGUGGUGCGCUCUUUGUUGAAAGAAGAAAUCUUUCACGUCAUCAGCUUACUCAUACUGGUGAGAAGCCUUUUAAAUGUGAAAAAUGUCCAGCAUCAUUUACUCAGAUGAUUGAUCUAAAACGUCAUCAAAUGUCACAUUCUGGAUUGAAACCAUUCAAGUGUGAUAUUUGUGAUGCUGCUUUCAGUCGGAAGAAUAACCUCCGUUGGCAUAAAUUAACUCACGAGGGAGAUACUCCCUAUAGAUGUGAAAGAUGUAAUGCUGGUUUUAGUCUUCAGAGAGAUAUGAAAGCUCACAUGAGGACACAUUCUGGUACAAAACCAUUUAGUUGUGAUCAAUGUGGGGCAACAUUUUCCCAGUUCAGCACUUUAAAGCGACAUAGGCAGGGUCACACAGGAGAACGGCACUAUGUUUGUUCCAAAUGUCAUGGUGCCUUUAAAGAUAAGAGUGCCCUUAAGAGACACAUGUUGCGACACGAUGGAGUAAGACCAUUUGCUUGCCAAAAAUGUGACUCGACUUUUAUUGAAUAUCGUAAUCUUAAAAGACAUAAAGUAACGGUUCAUGGGGAAGAGCGCUUUGAAGGUGAUGGCUUAACUGAACCAAGAGAAAGUGAAAAUAAUCAGAACAUUCCUCCUCUGAAGAAGAGACCUGGAAAAGUUGAGGAGGAUGAGGCAUUAAGUCAGCUCUAUGAUGCAGGUUAUCAAACGGCUUCAUUAGUCCACCAUCAAGAAACUACUCAACAACAUCAGCAGGUUAAUCAGCCUGUAUCUAUAGGGCCACCAACAUCUCUUCAACCAAAUCAACAGCAACCUCAUUCAUCUGCAGUACAAACACACCCUCAACCACCAAUGAUUAAUGAAAUUGUUACCAUUCCUGCUCAGGGCCCAGGUCAAGUGCCUACCCUGUUGUUAACACAGCCUGGCCAACCACCAAAGACUGCCCGUCCUGCAAAUAACUGCCAGAAUCACCAGUCUCAUGUGUUAACAUUUGUAGAAGGCACUUAUAAUCAUUGGCAGUCCUGGUGUUUUUGUGAAACUCCAAACAUUCCUGAUGCUUCACAGACCAUAAUAGAUAGUGGAGGUGAAGUGGGUCAUCCCUCAACAUCUGCUCUACCCUCUGCUCCUAUUCAGCAGCAGCAGCAACAAAUGACAUACACAGAGCUUCAACAGUCACAGCCACAGCAACAUCCACAGCAGCAACAACAACAAACUGUGGGAGUACAAGAUGUGAGUCAGACUGAGUAUCACCAGACCUCCCAGUUUAAUAGUGGUUAUCCAGAGCCUAUUCACCAUUAUGAUGAAGGUCAUCAUCAGGAGUCAUUAGACCCUCUCUCGCAUCACCAUCACCACCAUCAGCAGCACCAGCUUCAUCAAGCACACAAUCAUCAAGAAGAAGUUAAAAUUGCAAUUGAAUCUCCACGAUUAUUUACUGUGUCAGACAUUCACCAAGAUGAACAGCAGCAGCAGCCCCAGCAGCAACAGCAACAGCAGCAGCAACACCAGCAACACCUUCAAUCUCACCAGGAACAAGAACAUCAAGAACAAGCUGAUCCUCAGGUCACUUUUCAAUAUAGUUUAACUGUUAAUAAUCCUGCCACAGGUGACAUACAAAUUCAAAGUGAAGCAUUUCCUGCUAACCCUCCUGAUGCACCUGCUGACCCACCUAUCAAGAAAAGACGUGUGACAAAGACCACCGAGUCUCAAGAAGUUCGAACUUAUACGUGUAAUUCAUGCCCAAAAACAUUUUCAAGAAUAAAUCACUUACUUAUACAUCAGCGUACUCACACUGGGGAGAAACCAUUCCAGUGUGGUGUUUGCUAUCAGUCAUUUACUCACAAAAACAGUUUGACCAUUCAUAUGCGAGGGCACACUGGGGAACGUCCAUAUGUAUGUGGAAUUUGUGGGUCGUCAUUCACUCAGAAGAGUAAUUUAAGAGUUCAUUCACGUACUCAUACAGGAGAAAAACCAUUUAAAUGUGAUAUGUGUGAUGUAGCUUUUACUCAAGGAAGCCACUUAACUGCACAUAGGCGAAUUCAUAAUAAUGAUCGUCCAUUUGCAUGUGAAAAUUGCCAUCAAACAUUUACACAACGUAGUGCUUUGAAGCGUCACCUUAUGACACAUACUGGGGACAAGCCACAUAAAUGUGAUGACUGCACUGCAAAAUUUUCGCAGAGAGAUGAUCUUCGAAGGCAUCAGCGUGUCCAUUCUAAUGAUAAAUCCAUUGCCUGCACAUGUAAAUAUUGUUCCAUAUCCUUUAGUGACAGAACUGCCUUGGCUAGGCAUAUUAGAACAGCUCAUCAGAGCAAACUAGAAGCCACCGGAGAUAUACCAAAAAAGAAGAAGAAGAAGUCAAUAGAAAAGCAAAGUACAAGUCAAGACAACAGCCUUAGAAAUCCCAAACCCAAAUCUAAGGUUGCAGAACCUAUACGGACAAGUCGACGGCUUCGUGAAGCAGCAGAGAAGAAGAAAGAUAAGCAAGAAGAAUCCGAUUUUAUAAUCGGUGAUUUUGUAGAAAUUGAAGAAGAUGUAAAGCCUUUGGCUCGCCAAAGAGUAGCAAAGAGAAUUGUAAAAUUAGAGGAUUUGAAAGGUGAAGCCAAAAAUAAAAUGGAAUCUUGGUGCUUUUGUGAAGUUCCUCACGGACCUGAUGAGCCUCACACACACACUGCAGUGGAAGCCAAAUCCAGGAGUGAUCAGAACACAAAUAUUUUGCCAACUGCAGAAGAGGUUAACACUCAUAUGUCAGUUCAAGAGUCUACUAGUUUAGUUGCUAGUGCUGAUGCUUCAGGUGCAACCUCUCUACUUCAGCUGUCCAUGGAGCAUGUAACACACACUCCAACAUCAGGAGCCAUUGGCGGAGGCCUUCAAGCCCAGUCUGUUGGAGGUACUGUUACUCUUGGUGCUUCAUCUGUCGUGGGAGCUUCACAGGUGACAGAAACACCUGUUAUUACGGCAUCCUCCAACCAACAAACACAGAUGACCACAGUUGGUCAGGCAGAAUCCUCAGUUAAUCAGAAUUUAGGAAAUGGACAGGUUGUUACAACCGUAAACCAGCCAGGGUCUGGUCAGGCUAAUGGUCGACUAGUUCCUCAACCCAUGUUAACCACGGGUCAGGUUUUGUCUGCUGGGCAGAUAGUUGGUGCUAGUCAGUUGAUGACACAAGAUGGAGCAAUAUUCAUAGAAGCGGGAGAGAUGCUGAGUAGUGGUGCUGUGGUUAUCAACCCAGGACAUGGCACCUUUAUCAGCUAUGAUCAAAUCACUAUCAGCCCAGAUGGCCAGGUAUUAGGUGUACCAGUUGGUGGCACUGGAACAGAAACAUUGAUGAUCCAGCCAGCUGCAGUGUCUGUUGAUGGAUCUACAUCUUCAGGUAAUGUUACUUACUCAACUGCAGCACAGAUGCCCAGUGCUGCCCAGCCCGUCCAGUACACAACUCUUGGCAGUGAUGUUAUCAGUCUCUUUUCACAAGUCGAAACCAACAAGGAAGGUGUUGGCUCUGAUGUUUCAGCUGAAAAAUCCCUCCCUGUAGUGGCUAAGCCUCUUGAGUGUUCCGUUUGUGCAAAAUCAUUUGCUCAAAAACGUACUUUAUGGGCACACAUGCUAGGGGCUCAUCCUGAGUUACAUAGCUGCUCAGAAUGUUGUGCUGCAUUUACCACAUCAGAGUAUCUUAGCCACCACAAAGCCCAGCACCAAAAGCUUCAUGUAUGCUCAAGAUGUGGCAUGGCCUUUACAAAUAAAUCAUCACUGAACAGACAUCGUCAACAGAUGCACUCGGGAAAUACUAUAACAGCAGAAGAUAAAGUUUUUGCUUGUGAAAUUUGCGAUGCUAGGUUUCAUCAGCAAAGUGAUUUAAAACGACAUAUGCUUGGACACACAGGUGAAAAGCCAUACAGAUGUAAACAUUGCGAUGCUGGCUUUACCCGGACGUCCAGUCUUAACAAGCAUAUGCGAAUUCACACAGGAGAAAAACCAUAUGUCUGUGAAGGAUGUGACCAGGCUUUUUCAUAUCGGUAUCAGUUCAACAGACACAGGGUUUCUCAUAGACAAGAUGAUCAGAGAAGCAAUUAUUCCAUGCCCUAUGUCUAUGCAGAAUAAGUGAGUUGCAAUGACUAUAAUUAUCUAGCAUUACAUUGGAGUGACAGAUAUCACCAGCAAUUAAAAUGAAGUCUUUGUACAACUAUUUUUUGCUGAGGAAAAUGUACAGUCUGGAACAUUUUCUUCUUAAUUCACUUUGUUAUACAAUUGUGAUGGUUACCACAAGUCUGUCAUUUACUGUCUCGAUAAAUUGAGCUCCUUCCUCACGUUUCAUUAUCAUACAUUACACCAAGCACAUACAUCUCAUGUCUUUUCAUAGGAGUAUAGUUGAAAAACUAUUAGUCAUGAAUAGUUUAGAAUGUAAUUAGUGUUUAAAUUUUACAUACUCAUAAUCAUGAUCAAACUUUUAAGUUAAUAUUUUGUUUAUAUAUAAUUUACCAUAAUAAUACUGACACUAAUAGAGAAUUAUUUUAGCUGUAUUUUUGACUAUAUCAAAUUUUAUUCCAUCAUAAUCCCACUUUGUAAUGAAUAUGAAUAUUAUCAUACAGGAAAAUGUAUAGAGAUAUAUUAAUAUUGAAUGUAUAUGACUUAAAUUAGUAAAGAUUAAUACGA